AUGUUAGGCAUAUCGAAGGAAUUUUGUUCCAGAUUUCAAGCAAGAAAUGUUAUAUCGAGAGGAUGUUACGUAUAUCGAAAGUUCACUACCUUGGCUAGUGAAUUUUGUGUAAAUCGAAGUGAAGAACCAUGUGGUACGAAAGUCACGCCUGUUGGAAUUCAAGAUGGUGUUAACCCCAUCAUCAUAACCUUUGCUACUUCGAUUGCUAAUGCAACUCAAUCAUUGUUCUUGAGAAAUUGAAUUUUCUCGCAGACAUUUCACAAUCUUUAACAAAUUCGAUUUGCUGUAGAUGACACCAUUAGACAAUCUAAAAGAAAGAUUUCAAAAUUCACUUUAACAUCACUUUGAGUUUGAUCGCUUAAUCUCUUUUAAGAUUGCUAUUGUAACUCAAUAAUUGUUCUCGAGAAAU